UUCAGUACAUUCUCUCGAGACCACAUGAGACCUCACGAGUAGCGACGAUACUUACAGAACGUCCACAUAUACCCCAAUUUUGUCUUGGAGCACGCAGACGUGAGAUGUUCGCAGGAUAAGGAUGAAAUCACCGUCAGCAUCGGUGUUAAAGAGCUGGUUUUGUUCUCUCGCUCGCGUGGACCGCACACUGACUGCUAUGAGGAACUGGGAUGCUUCUUUCCCGUAAGAGCUGUUAUUAUCAGUUUUGAUUUGUGAUUUAAGAUGCCGAGGUUCCAGUUUUUAAACAGCACUACUAUGCCAAAUCACAAUUAUGAAUGGAGCUACGAAUACUACGACGACGAAGAGCCCGUGUCUUUUGAAGGACUCAAAGCACACCGAUAUUCCAUUGUGAUCGGCUUCUGGGUGGGUCUUGCAGUUUUUGUCAUAUUUAUGUUUUUUGUUCUGACUCUUCUGACCAAAACAGGAGCCCCACACCCCGAGGCUGCGGAGCCGUACGAGAAAAGGAUGCGUCUCACCAGCUGCGCAGAGGGUCUGGGACGGCAACGUGAGGCGGACACCCGAACGGGUCUCUCCCGCCCAUUGCUGGAAGAGUCCCGGUCUCUGUUUCACUGCUAUAUUAAUGAAGAAGAGCGAGAUGGAGGCAGGGCCAUGAGCGACGCUGGGCGCACGGGCAGCGGCCACUCCAGAGGGCAGGUGGAAGCGGUCGGCCUUGUCGUCCAAAGCAUGGGAAUGGAGACCAGGGCGGAACGAGAGGCAGCGCUCCUGGCACAUUUCAACAUUCCCAACUUUGUGAACUCAGAACUGAGCUCCGCUCUUGGAGACGAAGAUUUACUACUGGGCGAUCCACCGAUCAUAAUGGAGGAGGCCCGUCCGCGCUGUACCCAUCACAUAAUUGACUAAACCAUCGGUUUGAAGACGGUCAGAUGCCAUUAUUUUUUCAUUAUGGCUCCAUCACUGUCUUCAACUCAGUCUAUUAUCUUUAAAAGUGGAGAGUGAUGCGUUUCGCUUCAAAAGUGGAGCUAUUUUCUGACAUCUGGGGUCUGCAGCGAGAAACGAUGGCAGCGUGAAAGAUGAAA